UUCAACCAAUCAGCGUAGACGGCCCACGGCAUGCCGGGAAGCGCCUCCAGGAGCCCCCAUGUCCGGAGCGGACGCUCCCCCUUCCGGGGCCGAUCCCGACGCUGAAGCUGAGGGCGGCUCCACGGAGGACUCCGAUAUGGAGUUGCUGCGAAACCUCCUGGCACGGACGCUGGGGUUGGGCUCGGAGCCGCCGGAACGCGUUUUGGAUGAGUUGUCGCUGACGGGAAUCGCCCGGUUUAUGCAAAGCGAGCGCUGCCGUCGUGUGGUGUGCAUGGUGGGCGCCGGGAUCUCCACGGCCGCCGGGAUCCCCGACUUCCGUUCACCUGAAACCGGGCUGUACGCCAACCUGGGCCGCUACGAUCUGCCCUACCCUGAGGCCAUCUUUGACAUCUCCUACUUCAAGCAACACCCAGAGCCUUUCUUUGCAUUGGCUAAGGAGCUGCUCCCAGGACAGCUGAAGCCCACAGUUUGCCACUACUUCAUGCGGCUGUUGAAGGAGAAGGGGCUGCUGCUGCGCUGCUACACACAGAAUAUCGACACUCUGGAACGCGUGGCAGGGCUGCAGCCUGAGGAAUUGGUGGAGGCUCAUGGCACCUUUCAAACUGCACACUGCCUGCGUUCCUCCUGCCGGCAUCAGUAUGACCUGAGUUGGGUGAAAGAGAAAAUCUUCUCAUCCCUCGUCCCCAAGUGUGAUAAAUGUCAGAGCGUGGUGAAGCCAGACAUUGUAUUUUUUGGUGAGAACCUCCCAUCUCGCUUCUUCAGCCUGCUGCAGUCGGACUUCCAGAAAGUCGAUCUUCUCAUCAUCAUGGGCACUUCGCUUCAGGUCCAACCUUUCGCCUCCCUUGUUAGCAGGGUCCCUGCCAGCACCCCCCGGCUCCUCAUCAACAAGGAGAAAACGGGGCAGAGUGAUGCCUUCAUGUCCCUCAUGGGCUUUGGCUGCGGGAUGGACUUCGACUCAGACAAAGCCUACAGGCAGGGACUGGGGGUGUGGGGGGGUCUGGGGGGG